AUGCCUGAACACGAUCCCCGCGUCCUCUCCUACUCCCAUCUCCGGGACUUUCCCCGGGCCACCGAUGCACUCCAGAUGCUUCGCCGCGUGGCUUCGCUCGUCAAGCCGCUCAUGCGUGCGCGCCGUUGGACCGUCGGCGAGCUCGCCGAGUUCUAUCCCGAUCAGCCCAAUCUGCUCGGACUCAACGUCAACAAGGGCCAGAAGAUCCUGGUCCGUCUGCGCUACCCCGGCGACCGCUCGGUCUUCCUCCCGCUCGAGCAGGUCGCCGACACUAUGCUGCACGAGCUCGCCCACAUCGUCCACGGGCCGCACGACGCCACCUUCCACGCGCUCUGGAACCAGCUGCGCGACGAGCACAUGGCCCUGACCCUCAAGGGCUACACCGGCGAGGGCUUCCUGUCUGAAGGGCGUCGUUUGGGAAGUGGUGGUGGUGGUGGCAGAAACGGGCACCACAACGCCCGCAUCAGGCCCAUGGACGAGGCUCGCCGGCUGGCCCGCAUCGCUGCUGAGCGACGACAACAACAGAAAGAGCGCAGUCAUAGUGGCCAUGGAGGCCAUAAUAGCCAUGAUGGCCAUGGCAGCAGUGGAGGCCACCGUCUGGGUGGAACGAGGCCACACCCUGGCACCGACAUUCGGCGCGUGGUUGCCGAAGCUGCGGCAGCUCGCGGGCCAAAACAAAAGCCGAGUCGGCCGUCUUCGUCAUCCCCCUCCUCCCUGUCCUCCUCCUGUGCCACGGCUGGCUACGACGACCAGGCACGCCGCGCCUUGGAGGAACAGGCGGCACGCAACGGCUUCCGCACGGCGGCCGAGGAGGAGGCAGCCAACGAUGCGGCCAUUGCGCAGGCGCUGUGGGAACUCGUGCAGGAGGACGAGCGGCAACGACUGGGCCCACGCUACCUCGCCCCAACGGCUGUCCGUCCCGAGGGCAGCGGCAGCGGGCGGUCCUGGCCAGAGGUGAUUGUGGUCGGGGACGUGGUCGAGGGGAGAGGCAUCAAAGACAGAGACAGAGACAGACAUUCCAGUCCUGGCUGGACGUGUCGCCAAUGCACGCUGCACAAUCCCGGGAGCUUCUUGUGCUGUGAUGUUUGCGGGAUGCAGCGGCCAUAUUCAGCCCCUUCAGUCUUGCCAGCCAAUGACGAGCGGCCGCCACCGACACCGCCACGACCAUCGGUUGAGGCGGUGGCUGCAGCAGUCGGCCGGCCGGUCGUCCAGACGCGCAAGACACCGAAGAAGGUGGCAUUCACGCCGUCGACGUCGGGCGGGUCUGUGCGCGGGUCCUCUUCGUCGGCAGCAGACUAUUCCGUGGUGAUGCCGGCGCCCGAGUGGAUGUGCUCGUUCUGCGGCCGUGUUAGGGAGCGACAGUGGUGGAUGUGCGAUCUCUGUGGGAAGAUGAAGGAGACGUGGCAGUGA